AUGUCAACUGCGGCGGACUACUUGGAUCGGCAGAAAGAAAAAUAUUUGAAUAUGUCGCUGGAAGAAAAACGAAACCUGUACGCAUGUGGCUCAAACUUUGUCCCUCUGAGCAUGAUCAAACAGUUUUACGAAGAAUACACUCCAAACGCUGUACAUUCAGAGUUUAAAGCGUGUCCAGAGAUCAACAAGAAGAUCAGUCUUUGGAGCGGUGACAUUACAAGGCUGGAAAUCGACGCCAUCGUCAAUGCGGCCAACGAAUUGCUCCGGGGAGGCGGAGGAGUGGACGGAGCGAUUCACCGAGCAGCCGGACCGGAACUAUUGGCCGAAUCAUCUUCGUUGGGAGGUUGUCCCACCGGUGAUGCGAAACUCACCCUUGGCUACCAUCUGCCUGCAAAAUACGUCAUUCACACGGUCGGUCCCAUCGGGGAGUCGGCACCGAUGCUGAAAAGCUGCUACGAGAAGUGCCUCCAGUUGUGCGCUUUGCAUUCGCUUCGCUCUGUGGCAUUUCCCUGUAUAUCUACCGGCGUCUACGGUUAUCCGAAUGAGAAGGCGUGUCAUGUCGCUUGCAACACCGUAAGAACGUGGCUUGAUUCGGCAAGCAAUGCUUCUUCGGUACGUUCUGGGCUAGUGGUAUUCUAUUUCUUUGCAUAUGGGUGGUCGGGGGGGGGUGGGACAUUGCCGCAGUGAGU